AUGCAGUAUAAGAUCAUUGCCACUCUUUUCUUCGCCGCCACGGCCCUGGCUGCCCCUGCGGAUUCUAUUGCUACAGCCUCAAGCACUGAGACUACCGACAGCGAUGACUACGAUGUCCCGGAUGUGCCUAGCUCCAUUAUGGCUGUUUUAGCAACAGCCAUCCCGGACUCAUGGUAUAAUGAUCUCAUGGACCCGGCCUCCCGCUCUGCGAUCAACAGCGCCGCUUCGGCUGGCAUCUACCCAGAUUGGUACAACGCAUUGCCUAACAGCGUCAAGUCCUGGGCCACUGCCAACUUCGGUGACGGCCUCGUUGGUGGUUCGAUAACCGCUGAUAGUAGCGCCACUGAGACUAGGGCUGUUGGUGGUGGUGGUCCCAUCGAGACUGGCUCCAGCGUGGUGGUCACUGCCUCCACCACCCCUGUCAGCCAGACCUCCUCCAAUGCUGCCGAGGCCACCUCGGCUUCCGCCACUACCACGGGCUCCAGCUCUGAUUCCAGCUCCAGCUCUACAUCGUCUUCUCCCUCCUCUUCGCAAUCUACCGGUGGCGCUCCUGCUCCUACUGGGGGUGUUGCCAUGAGUGUUGCUGGUGCAGUUGGUGUUUUGGCCCUGGCUCUUGCCCUCUAG